AUGGCUAAUGAAAAACUCAAUCCUAUGGACGACAGCUCACUUGAAGAUCUCAGGACUCAGUUUAAUCAAGAGAUUCAAACACUCAGGAGUCUGAAGCACGAGAACCUGGUGAGCAUGGUGGGCUUCUCCAGUGACGGGGAGCACCUGUGUUUGGUGUAUGAGUUCAUGCCCGGGGGCUCUCUGCUGGAGCGGCUGGCCUGUGCAGACGGGGCUUCGGCUCUCUCGUGGCUCAGCAGAUGCUGCAUCAGCGCAGGAGCCGCCAGAGGACUGCAGUACCUGCAUCAGAACAACCACAUCCACCGAGACGUCAAGAGGUGAGCGCAAACGCAAACCAGAUGCUCCAGGAGCCUCGUCGUGUGGCCUGCUCUCUGUUUCUGCUUCUAUAAAUGUUUUAUUCAUGUUUUUAAGCCUAAAAUAUAUUAUUUAUUUAUCAUUUAA